UGUUUGUCUGAAAAAGGGCGGGGUUACCAGUCUGUGCCGGAGGCUUCAGGACGGAUGCGGCUGUAGUUUUCUUUUUGCUGUUUACGGUGCAGGAAACUCAACUUUCCUCACUCAGCUGACAGUAUGGAUGAAACACAGAGAGCCUGACAGCUGGCGCGUCCUGAACGUACCGGUCCGGAUUUAAGACUGCUUGGUUAUCUGACAAGGUGCCUUUGAGUGAGUGUCAAUCAUGGUGCAGGAGUACCAGUCCCCUGUUCGGGUCUACAAGCAUCCAUUUGAGUUAAUAAUGGCGGCCUAUGUAAGGAGGUUCCCAAAAUGCUCUCUGAUUCCAGUGUUUGUAGACAGUGAGAUCAUCAGCGAGAGCCAAAGCAAAGAUGGAUCCAUACUGGCAACCGAGAGGCGCUGUGUGAUUGACAUCGAUGCCCCGCGGCUACUUAAACGGAUUGCCGGUGUAGACUACCUGUACUUUAUCCAAAAGAACACCAUGAAUCGCAGAGACAGGACGCUCCACAUUGAGGUCCACAACGAGACCUUUUCCAGCAGAGUGAUCGUCCGCGAGUGCUGCAAAUACACGGUUCAUCCAGAAAAUGAGGACUGGACGUGCUUUGAGCAGACAGCUAGUCUGGAUAUUAAGUCAUUUUUUGGCUUUGAGAGCACAGCAGAGAAGAUAGCUAUGAAACAGUAUGCUAGCAGCAUUAAGAAGGGUAAAGAAAUUAUUGAGUACUAUCUCCGAGAGCUGGAAAAAGAAGGAGUAACUUAUAUGCCUCGUUGGACCCCUGCAGUUGUCUCUGGCUAUGCUGGAGCCAUCCCAGUUACGGGUGCUAAGAACGGGCUGGACAGUAAAGACCCGGCCUGUUCCACAGAGCUGGUGGUUGGUUCUCCGGACGACAAGCUGGAUGCUGACUACAUCAGACGUUACCUAGGUGAUUUAACGCCUCUGCAGGAAAGCUGUCUUAUUCGACUGCGCCAGUGGCUCCAAGAAAACCACAAGGGCAAGAUUCCAAAGGAUCAGCAUGUGCUGCGCUUCCUGAGGGCCAGAGACUUCAACCUGGACAAGGCCAGGGAGCUCUUGUGUCAGUCGCUCACCUGGAGGAAGCAACACCAGGUAGAUUUUCUGUUGGACACAUGGGAGUGCCCACAACUACUUCAAGACUAUUACACUGGAGGCUGGCACCACCACGACAGAGAUGGCCGUCCCCUGUAUAUCUUGCGUCUGGGACAAACUGAUACUAAGGGAUUGGUCCGAGCCUUGGGAGAAGAGGUGCUACUGAGACAGGUCCUGUCCAUCAAUGAGGAGGGACUGAGGCGGUGUCAAGAAAACACCAGAGUGUUCGGGCGACCCAUUAGCUGCUGGACUUGCCUGGUGGAUCUAGAGGGUCUUAACAUGCGUCACCUGUGGAGACCAGGCGUUAAGGCUCUGCUGAGAAUCAUUGAGGUGGUGGAGGCCAACUACCCUGAGACUCUGGGUCGCCUGCUCAUACUGAGGGCCCCUAGAGUUUUCCCAGUGCUCUGGACCCUGGUUAGCCCCUUUAUUGAUGAGAACACCCGUAAGAAAUUCCUUGUUUAUGCUGGAAAUGACUACCAGGAUCCCGGGGGACUGGUGGACUACAUUGACAAAGAAAUCAUCCCUGACUUCUUGGGAGGGGAUUGCAUGUGUGACGUCCCUGAGGGAGGAUUGGUCCCCAAAUCUCUGUACAGGACAGCAGAGGAGCUGGAGAAUGAGGAAAACUGCCUGUUGACUGACUCCAUCUAUAAGAGUGCCAGUAUAUUCAAAGGAACCCCAUAUGAGAUGCUGAUCGAGAUCACAGAGGCCUCCUCCGUCAUCACCUGGGACUUUGAUGUGUCUAAAGGAGAUGUGAUUUUCAACAUUUACCAUUCCAAGAGGGCCCCUCAGCCUCCUAAAAAAGACACUCUUGGAGCCCAUGGCAUCACGUCCCUCGGGGCUGUUAAUGCCCAGCUGAUAGACAGGAGUUGGGUGCUGGGAAAGGACUACAGCUUGGUGGAAAAAGCGCUCACCUGCAGGGAGGGAGAAAGUGUACAGGGAUCCCACGUAACACGCUGGCCCGGCUUCUACAUCCUGCAGUGGCGCUUCCACAGCUCCCCAGCCUGCUCCGCCUCCAGCCUGCCUCGCGUGGAUGAUGUUUUGGCCUCGCUACAGGUCUCCUCCCACAAGUGUAAGAUCAUGUACUACACUGAGGUGCUGGCCUCCCAUGACUUCAGGGGAUCUAUGACCAGUCUGGAGUCCAGUCAUAGUGGUUUCUCUCAGGUCAGUGCUGCCACUACCUCCUCUAGCCACUCACAUGCCAGCUCCACCAUCUCAAGGUAGCAUCUGCACAGCAGGUGUCAAAGGCAGCACUGACAUAAAACCUCUUGACAACCUCUUACUCCAACUGUGCCUUAUGCUCUCAAAAAGAGGCUGUUGUUACUCCUGAUCUGACAAGUGAGCAUUUGGAGAGUGUUGGAAAUGUUUUUACUGUAUAUAAAUGUUAUCUCUGUUUCUAAGGAAUUGUGUACUUAAAGUAUCAGUUUGUGUAUAUGUUUACUAACUUGUGUUUUCUUUUUUGUUCGAAUAAAAGUGUACCACAAAUUCA